CGGCCACCGCAGCGGACACAGCCGAGAGAAGCCUCGCUUCCCUCCCGCGGCGACCGGGGCCCGAGCCGGAGAGCAACAGAAACCAGACACCAUGUGUGACGAAGACGAGACCACCGCCCUCGUGUGCGACAAUGGCUCCGGCCUGGUGAAAGCCGGCUUCGCGGGCGACGACGCCCCUAGGGCCGUGUUCCCUUCCAUCGUGGGCCGCCCUCGCCACCAGGGCGUCAUGGUGGGCAUGGGUCAGAAAGACUCCUACGUGGGCGACGAGGCUCAGAGCAAGAGAGGUAUCCUGACCCUGAAGUACCCCAUCGAGCACGGCAUCAUCACCAACUGGGACGACAUGGAGAAGAUCUGGCACCACACUUUCUACAACGAGCUCCGCGUGGCCCCCGAGGAGCACCCCACCCUGCUCACCGAGGCCCCCCUCAACCCCAAGGCCAACCGCGAGAAGAUGACCCAGAUCAUGUUUGAGACCUUCAACGUGCCCGCCAUGUACGUGGCCAUCCAGGCCGUGCUGUCCCUCUACGCCUCCGGCCGUACCACCGGUGAAUACAAUACAUGA